AUGGCGAGCUUGUUGACCAUCCUCACUGCCUUAAGCACUAUCUCUGCGGCUACCGCACAGUCCUGCUGGCGGAACACUACGUGCACAGGACCGACUACUGCCGCGUUUCCGGGUCCAUGGGAGUCAAACAUUUACUCCCCAGCCUCUCGGACCGUGCACCCGGCCAACGUUCUCUCGCUCGGCAAUGCUUCAAUCAUCUCGCCGUAUCCAGGCGUCUCCCGACUCUCCAGCAACGGGAGCGCACUAGUCUUCGACUUCGGCAUCGAAGUUGGCGGCAUUGUUAACGUCAACUACACCACCACCGGCGGCAGUGGCUCGCUUGGUCUCGCCUUCACCGAAGCCAAGAACUGGAUUGGACUUGCUAGUGACUCUUCGAACGGCGACUUCGGGUCGUCGAACGCUUCGCUGCGCCAGAAUGGUGAUCAGGUGUGCAAUGAUGGCGCGCUGUACAGCUACUUCAGCGGCGCGGGAAGUCAUAGCUACACUAUGGAUUUGCAGCACCUGCGUGGCGGGUUCCGGUACCUGACGUUGUUUCUACUCACUGGUGACGCUGGCACGACGCUGAAUAUCGAUGGUGUGAGUUUGGAGAUUGGGUUUCAGCCAACGUGGUCCAAUCUUCGAGCGUAUCAGGGAUACUUCCACUCCAACGACGAGGAGCUGAACAAGAUCUGGUAUAGCGGUGCUUACACGCUGCAGACCAAUAAUGUGCCUGUCAAUACUGGCCGCUGGAUUCCCGCUCUGGCGGCUAGCUGGGCUAAUAACGGCACGCUGUCGAACGGGUCUACGGUCAUUGUUGACGGUGCGAAGAGGGACCGAGCCGUGUGGCCAGGUGAUAUGGGUAUCGCCGUGCCGUCUACCUUUGUCUCCGUCGGUGACCUUCAGAGCGUGCAAAAUGCUCUGCAGACGAUGUAUGAUCACCAAAACUCGGAUGGGAGUUUCCCGGAGGCUGGGCCACCGCUGUUACAGCAAGGGAGCGAUACUUAUCAUAUGUGGACCAUGAUCGGAACGUACAAUUACGUGCUGUUCACCAACGAUACCACCUUCCUGGCUCACAACUGGGCAAGCUAUCAGCACGCUAUGGAGUACAUCUAUGCAAAGGUGUUACAACCUUUGGGUCUGCUCAGCGUAACCGGCACCCGUGAUUGGGCACGUGUACAACAGGGUGGCAACAACACUGAGGCGAACAUGAUCCUGUACCGCACCCUCAUAACGGGUGCAGAGCUUGCUGCAUGGUCCGGCAACAGCUCCCUUGCCUCAACCUACACAGCUCGCGCCGCCACGCUGGCCUCGAACAUCAUCCAGUACACAUAUGUCGACAGCUACGGCGCCUUCAAGGACAACAACACAAACACCACACUCUACCCACAAGACGCCAACAGCAUGGCACUGCUCUUCGGCGUCGUCUCCGAUACCUCCACGAUGGCCCAGAACAUCUCCUUGCGCCUAACAGACAACUGGACGCCCAUCGGUGCCGAGACGCCCGAGCUUCCCAACAAUAUCAGCCCCUUCAUCAGUAGUUUCGAGAUCCAAGGCCACCUCACCAUUGGCCAAACUGAUCGAGCGCUUGACCUUAUCCGUCGUAGCUGGGGUUGGUACCUCAACAAUCCGAACGGCAGCCAGUCUACUGUAAUCGAAGGCUAUCUCACCAACGGCAGCUUUGGUUACCGAAACUACAGAGGCUACAACUACGACUCCAGCUACGUCUCGCACUCGCACGGCUGGUCCUCGGGCCCGACGUCUGCGCUGACGAACUUUGUGCUGGGUCUGCAGGUUACGGGACGCGCGGGCAGCACGUGGCGAUUCGCGCCGCAGUUCGGUGACCUGACGAGCGUGCAAGGCGGGUUUACGACGAUUUUGGGCAAGUUCCAGGCUAGCUGGAAUGUUACGGGGGGUGGGUAUGUGGUGGAGUUGAGCGUGCCGCAGGGGACAACCGGGGAGGUUGUGCUGCCGCCAAUGCCCACGUCGGUACCCUCGUCGGUACUCUCGUCAGUGCCCACAUCGGUGCCCACGUCGGUGCAUUCGUCGGUGCCGUCCUCGGGAGGUGUCGGUGGGAACAAUGUGAUGUGGAAUGGACAGCACUAUGGACAGAUGUCUGGAGGCGCCUUCCAAGUGGCUUGUGAUGGCGGUAGGCAUAGCUUUAGUGUGUGGUAA